AAAAUGACGGACUAAUUAGUUUGGAAACACUGUAAUUUAGUGGAGCAUUAUAAUCACACGAGGUAAUACACACAACAACAUUACAUAAUGCCCGAUCCGGUCGUCGUUUAGUCGGACGCUGUUCGUAAAGGCGGCCCCGCAUACGGUCAGGUGGCCGAAAUGAAAACGCCGCUUUCAGCGUGAUUUUUUUUCUGUAAAUUACGGGCGUAAUUAAUUUUUCGGUUCAGCGUCCGCACAAGGUUGACAAUGUGUAGUGCAAAUUUACAUGCGGCACGUCGAUUGUGAUAAAAAAAUUGUGGAAAAAUGUCCUUUGUUUUUGUUGUUUCGUCGCGAAGUUUAGUAUGAAAAGUUGCGGCAACGUGGCCGACAGCUGCGUUACCAUUGACCAAAUCAACCUGGAGAACGGAUUCAGCCGCAGCAAACUGGUGGAGCGGUCGGCGCAAACCAGCCACCUCAUCCCCUACAGGCUUCGAUUUUGGCCCAGGCUCAAGUCGAACGUCAAGCUAGGACCGUCGGAGAGUAGCUGCACGAAACUAAGGCUAAUAUGCUUGUGCAGGGUGGUGAGUCAGUGGCUACUGUCGCAGGUCGGGCUCACGCUCAUACUUUUCAUAUGGGCUCUGGUCGGGGCUUACGGAUUUUUAAUUACAGAAGGACCAAGAGAGCAGCAACAAUCCGAUGACAUAAUACGAAUCCAAGACGAAAUAGCAUUGGAACUGACUGACCAGCUGGAAAAAUCAACGCACACAAACUGGCCUGAGGUAAUGCACAAGUACAUGGAUAAACACAAAAAAUUGCUUCUGGAAGCUGUCAGUGCUGGCUACGGCGAAGGCGGUGAGGGAAGAAUAUGGACCUAUCCCGGCUGCAUCCUAUUUUCCGUCUCUCUACUCACCACUCUGGGCUUUGGAGCGCCAGUGCCCCGUACACCACAGGGCCGCGGAGCCGCCAUACUGUUCGCCGCCGUGGGCAUACCCCUUCACUUCCUGCUAAUCCUCAACAUGGGCAACCUCAUGGCCAUCAAACUCCAAAAGCUGGCGUUCAAAGGCAACCCCUCCGACCUCCCACAGCCCAACGCGCCGCUGUGGCUGAAGUGGUUCCCGGUGGUGGUCAUCACCCUCUACUACUUCCUGGGCGUCAUUUUCUUCGGUUUCGUGCGACAGCGUGACGCCAUCGAUAGCUUCAUGUUCCCACUGGAUUUCACGGCGGUGGGAGGCGUGGCCAGUGUGGCGGGUCAUGUGAGGGUGUUGUACGCCCUAUAUUUGGAGGUGGCGGUCACACUGGCGGCGAUAAUAGUCUCCCUGAUACAAGCUUCCACCACCAGAGGUAUAGUCGACCUCUGUCUGAGGUUGGGCUUACUCACAAACACCUGAACACCAUCACCGAGCUGACGUAUUGUUAAGGUCAAUUGUUUUACGGGUUGUACGCAAGAUGUCUUUCUAGAAGUGAUACAGUUGUGAUUUAUGCAAAGUUAAUAAAGAUUUAACUGUGUUG